UCAAAUUUUCAGGAGAAAAAAGAAAGGCACACAAUACAAUUGCAUAGAACACGAAACACACUCCACAAGUGCCACACAUUCCUUCAAUGGCUCCCGCUCGGAAGAAACCUUCGAAGCCACUCAAAGCCCCGAAGAACCCUAAGAAGACCCAACUCAAAGACCAUUCUACCUCCGAAUCCGAAGAAGAAGCGCCGCAACAACAACAGCUGCUCGAAUUCGGCGACGACUCAGCUUCUGAGUUAUCUUCCGAUGGAGACGAUCCAUUGGUAGACGAUUUCCUCCAAGGAAGCGAUGACGAAGAGAAAGCGUCAGGUUCGGAGUCAGGUUCGGGUUCGGAUUCUGAUUCGGAUGAUGACGAUAUUGAGGAGAAGUCGAGAGCUAUUGAUGAAGAAAGGGCGAGAGAAGAAGAGGAUGCAGAAGCUGAAAUACAGCUCAACAUUAAGGAAGAGUCUGAUGAGUUUAGACUACCAACCAAACAGGAACUUGAUGACGAGGCUUUGCGCCCACCUGAUCUUCCCAAUCUCCAAAGGAGGAUUAAAGAGAUUGUUCGUGUUCUUUCAAAUUUUAAGGUUUUGAGACAAGAUGGGUCAACGAGGAAGGAUUAUGUUGAACAGCUUAAAAAAGAUAUAUGUUCGUACUAUGGCUACAAUGAGUUUCUAAUUGGUGCUUUAGUUGAGAUGUUUCCAGUUGUUGAACUUAUGGAACUGAUUGAAGCCUUUGAAAAGCCGCGUCCUAUAUGUCUGAGGACUAACACACUGAAGACACGCAGACGGGAUUUGGCGGAUGUUUUGAUAAAUAGAGGAGUAAAUUUGGAUCCAUUAAGCAAAUGGUCAAAGGUUGGACUUGUUGUGUAUGAUUCUCAAGUGCCAAUUGGUGCCACCCCUGAAUAUAUGGCUGGAUUCUACAUGCUUCAAAGUGCAAGUUCUUUUUUGCCUGUGAUGGCCUUGGCCCCUCAAGAGAAGGAACGUGUUGUUGAUAUGGCGGCUGCGCCUGGUGGUAAAACAACUUACAUUGCUGCCCUCAUGAAGAAUACUGGAAUUGUUUUUGCAAAUGAAAUGAAGGUACCAAGGCUUAAGUCACUAACUGCGAAUUUGCAUCGUAUGGGUGUAUCAAACACUGUGGUCUGUAACUAUGAUGGAAAGGAGCUUCCAAGGGUUUUAGGUGUCAAUGUUGUCGACAGAGUAUUAUUGGAUGCCCCUUGCAGUGGAACUGGGGUUAUAUCCAAAGAUGAGUCUGUUAAAACCUCUAAAAGUUUGGAAGAUAUACAGAAAUGUGCCCAUCUACAGAAGGAGCUCAUUCUUGCUGCAAUUGACAUGGUGGAUGCUAAUUCCAAAUCUGGGGGAUACAUUGUUUAUUCUACAUGUUCAAUUAUGGUUGCUGAGAAUGAAGCAGUUAUUGAUUAUGCACUCAAAAAGCGGGAUGUUAAACUGGUUCCUUGUGGACUUGACUUUGGUCGUCCAGGGUUUAUCCGGUUUAGGGAGCAACGCUUUCACCCAUCUUUAGAAAAGACAAGGCGUUUCUACCCCCACGUACACAAUAUGGAUGGAUUUUUUGUUGCAAAGUUGAAAAAAAUGAGCAGCUCAAAGCCAAGUGUAAACCCAUCAGAAACAUUGGAGAAUGAAGAAGGUACUAAGCUUGUGAACGAAGAGGAUAAAUCAAGCAGUGGCAUCAAAGUAAAUGGGAAUCUAUCUUCUGAAUCCGAAUCCAAAAAGAUGAAGAAAAGGAAACUCUCAUCAAAACCAAGUAAUGGCCUAAAAGAAAAUGGCAAAGAAUCUUCUGAGUCUGAACCCAAAAAGAGGAAUAAAAGGCAAUUUCCAUCUAAGGAGGAGAUUUCAAAAGCCAGGGAGGAGAAGAGAAAUGCUUUAAGAGAAAAAAAGAGAAAAGGCGGUAAGCAAAAGAACGGAAAAUGAUUGAAGAGCAGUAGCAAUAGAAGAAGCGUUGGUUGUAAACUGUGGAGUUUUAGAGCAGAAUUGAGUCAGAUUCUAACAGCAUGGGAGUGCUGGGAUGAUUGCCGUAAACGUGUGUAUCCUUACAUCAGUUGCAUGCCCCAAUCAUAGGGCCCAAUUUUGUUUUGUUAGAGAUUAUAUAGCUAAGGUAUAUUUUAACUCCCAUCUACAAAGCUGUAAAAAUUAGAAACAAUUUUCCUUCUCUUUUGUGGCAUUAAUUAAUUUGAUUAUAUUUUCUAAUUAUUAUCUUUAUUGUCCUGCCCGUUAGCUAUAUCCUUUGUAAGGAUUGCACUUCUUCAAAUGAUAUCACGGUUCCAAAGUUUGUACCUUCACUGCUAAGUUCACGAUUAUGUUUUGAUAUGAGAUCUUAUUUGGUACAUCGUUUUAU